CUCGAGCGGAGGAGGGACGGUCGGCGGCACGGGCGCACGCAUCGGAAUUAGAAGGGCGUGCGACGGCGCGUCGGGCGCGUCGGAGGGCCGCGGAUCAAUACCGGCGUUGACGUCAGAGCGGGGUCGCGCGCCGUCGGCUCGCCCGGCAUUGCUAAAUAAACCUCCGGGCCGAGUAGCGCGGACGUCGCGCGGCACAGCACCGCAGAGCGGCGGGCCCGCGUCGCCGUCGCGGCUCGCCGCUGCCAUGGACGACAUGCCGGACCUGUCGCACCUCACGCCAGAGGAGCGCGCCAUCAUCGAGGGCGUCAUAAUGCGGCAGCGCCAGGAGGAGCAGCGCGAGCACGAGAUCAUGAGACGCAAACAAGACGAAGUAGCGGUGUUGGAGCAGACGAUACGGACUCGGAAUGAGAUGCAGCGCGCGGCGGGGGUGGAGCUGGCCGCCACCUGCCACAUCUGCCUCAAGACCAAGUUCGCGGACGGCGUCGGCCACUCCUGCCACUACUGCCGUGUACGCUGCUGCGCGCGCUGCGGCGGCAAGGUCACGCUGCGAUCCAACAAGGUUAUUUGGGUUUGCAUACUUUGUCGCAAAAAGCAAGAGUUACUCUCCAAAACCGGGCAGUGGAUCCACAAGAGCGCCGGGCCGGACUCGAUGCUGUGGCAGAUGGAGGCGGACAUGCGCGGGCUGCCGCCGCAGGACGGCUCCAUGGACAAGCGGCCCAAGCUGGAGCGAGCGCACAGCGCCGCGGAGAAGGAGAACCUGCCCCUGCAGCGGUCGGGGUCGGCGCUGCGGCGGCAGUACAGCCAGCAGGAGGCGCGCUGCUACGGCGAGCUGGAGGGGCUGGCGCGCACGCACCCGCAUCUCGUGCACCCGCGCCAGAAGGCGGCGUACGGCGUGGAGGACGUGCCGGUGCCGCCCACGUCGCAGCUGAUGCCGCCGCCCGGCACUCAUCUGCCGCUGCCGCCGCGCUCGUCCUCCUCCGACGACGAGGUGCCGGAGUGCACCUCCGACACCGACGAGUACCGGGACCGCGGCCUCGAGGCGUGCGCGUCGCUCCGGAACCCGCACCUGAGCAGCACCAGCGUGGCUGCCAAUAACUAUUACAAUUUGACUAAUCAUUCGCCGGUGUCGUACUUGCCGGAGAUCCGCGGGACGUUUGACGCCGCGCGGGCGCCGACCGGCGGUCGGAGCUUCGACUCGGUGACAGAGUGCCGGUGGCGCGCGCGCGACGACAGCGAGGGCUCGUACCUGCGGCCAUACGCGCCGGACGAGGCUCGCGCCGACCGCGCCGUCUACAAGAGCGCCUACCUGUGGGAGGACUCGGCCGACAGUAGACGCUUCACCGAGAGGAGAAAAAAGACGGUGCGCUUCGACGGCCACGAGGGCGCCGCCACCUUCCCGCGGGGCGGGCGCGACGCGGCGCCCCACGACUGGGCCUCGCUGCGCUGGGAGUCCGAGAGGCAGACCAGCCAGGACUCCGCCACCAAAGACUCGGGCAUCGAUACUUCUAGCACUUUCACUUCCAGCGAGGAUUCGAACAGGGGCGACUGCCCUAAGUUCCCGCUGAGCUGGCAAGUGUCGGCGGACGGCACGCGCAUGGUGGGUCACAUGGUGCUUCGGAAGAGCGUGGUGGAGGGGAGCUCCCACUCCUCGGCGGCCAUCCUCGGCCUGAAGGUGGUGGGAGGGAAAAUUUUACCCGACGGCUCGAGGGGAGCCAUCGUCGAGAAAGUCAAGAAGGGAUCAAUCGCUGACUUAGAGGGGCAGCUCAAAAUAGGUGACGAGGUGGUACAGUGGAACGGCGUGCCGCUGGCGGGGCGCAGCGCGGACGAGGUGGCGCUGGUGGUGGCCAACAGUAAACACGACUCGCACGUCGAGCUCGUAGUGUCACGUCCGCUGCUGCGCACCGCACCGUGGCGACCUCAUAAAGAAGUUUACACGGAGAUAAUGGGUGGGGCGGAGAAGCCGAGCGUGCUGGUGACGUCGCCGGGCUCGCCCGACGUGCACGCGCGACGCCGCUCCGCCCGACACUCCCACAACGCCAGCGUCGCUGGACGCAUACAGCUGAAAGUAUAUUUCGACGUUGCGGCGCUCCAGCUACUGGUGACAGUUGUAUCGGCGACGGGGCUGACCCCCCGCGCCGACGGCUCCCCCCGCUGCCCUUACGCCAAGAUAUUCCUUCUGCCAGACAAGAGCGAGAAAAGCAAGCGUCGCACCAAGACGCUGGCUAACACGCUCGAGCCACGCUGGAACCAGACGUUCGUGUACUGCGGUAUACGCAUCGCGGAUAUCAAGAAACGAACGUUAGAGGUGACAGUGUGGGACCUCAAUAGAUAUGGGCCAAACGACUUCUUGGGUGAAGUGCUUCUGGACCUAGACAAUGUGGUGAUGAACCACGAACCGAACUGGUACCUGCUGAAACCUCAUGAAGACAUCGCGAGCUAUAGAAGGUACCGCGACGACGAGAUCGACGGGGAGCACCUGUCCCCGCCGUCGACGUCGACAUCCCGCCUGUCGGACUCCGACACGCCCAGCGAGUGUGAUCUCCGCCGACACCACUCGCUGUCCAGCCUCGCCUCCAGCUCCAGCCCCCCGCCCCCGCACGAGAUCGACGGUCGGCGGCGCGACAUGUCGCCCGCGGGCCGCGUGCGCUCCGUCGGCACGGGCAGAGAUCGGAGCGGGUACGUGGCGCGGUCCCAGUCCGCGGCGGGCGGGCGCAGCGCCUCCCCGCGUCGCUCGCUGUCGCCGCCCGCCGCUGCCGUCGCCAGAUACGCAGUGGGCGGGGAGCGGGGUGCGGGGGAGGCGGCGCGGCUGCCGACGCACGCGUACGCGCCGCGCUUCCAGUCGCGCUCCGCCACCGCCACGCCCACCACGAGCCCCAAGAAGCGCCAGCUGCCCCAGAUACCGCAUCAGCAAAGCACGCAGAGGACGAUGCGCGCCCAAGUGUCGGCGGACCUUGAAGAACGUAAGUGGAUCGCCCCGCACCACAUUGGCGCCACACUCACCUACCGCAGCACGCCUCAAGGUUGGGAGAGGCACUACGCGGGCCUGUCGGACUCCGAGCUAGCGGCCAGGGGCGGGGGCUGGGCCCCACGGCGAAGACUCUCCCCUGAUGCCGCCGCAGGAGACUCCGAUUUGGAAUCCGUCGGUUCAGUCACUUCUAGCGCUUUCAGCACUCAAUCCGAGAGACCACGACCUACGAGGAUGCUAAGUAAUGAUUACGGAGGACGAGAAAAUGGAAGAAAUAACAACCAACAACAACCUCUGGAGCGACGCGAGUCCAGGAGGGGUCAAUUCACUAGAAGUCUGAGCAAUGCCGAUGUGCCUCCUGAUGAAAAAGCAGAUGGCAGUCUGAGCGACACUGCCCUGGGUGGUGCGAGCGAACUGGAGCCCACCAGCGACGACGCGCUACUCAAGGCGGAACCACGCGACUACUUCGGACCAGGCAUGGGCAAAAAGAGUAAUUCCACCUCCCAACUCUCCGCAACGGGGCGAAAAAGAAGGUUAGGGUUUGGUAAACGUGGAAAAAAUUCGUUUACUGUCCAACGCAGCGAGGAAGUGGUCCCGGGGGAGAUGAGAACUAAUAUCGGGGUCUCCCGAGCGUCGUCCGCCUCCAGCGAGAACGAUGAGGACAGAUGGUCCCCCGGUAUGCGGGGGUCGGGCUCGUCUGACGGCGGCGGUCUGUCGGACUUCAUCGACGGGCUGGGCCCGGGACAGCUGGUCGGAAGACAGCUCCUGGGAGCACCCACACUCGGAGAUGUACAACUAUCUAUGUGCUACCAGAAGGGAUUCCUUGAGGUGGAGGUGAUCCGCGCGCGUGGGCUACAGGCUCGUCAGGGUAGCCGGACGCUGCCCGCGCCGUACGUGAAGGUGUACCUGGUGAGCGGCAAGCGCUGCGUCGCCAAGGCCAAGACCACCACCGCGCGCCGCACGCUCGACCCGCUCUACCAGCAGACGCUCACCUUUAGGGAGAACUUCAAGGGAUGCGUGCUGCAGGUGACGGUCUGGGGCGACUACGGGCGCAUCGAAGGCAAGAAGGUGUUCAUGGGCGUGGCGCAGAUCAUGCUGGACGACCUCAAUCUCUCCAACAUCGUCAUCGGCUGGUACAAACUCUUCGGGACUACGUCGCUGUAACCAAGGUUUCACGGUGGCUAGUGUCCGGAGAUGCUAUCGACACAAUAAACUAACUUUGUCCAAAUAAUACAUUUAGUGAUACUGCUUUAAUAUCAUGAUAAACUUGCAAGAUAUCUUUACUAUAGGAAAUUUUCUAUAAAACGAAAGUACGUGUAAAUGAUUUGUAAUAUUUAUUUUUCUUUUGGAAUGCCUACCGGAGUUUUGAAUAGAUAGCAUUUUAUAGCAAGAAACAAAAUGUAUAGUGUACUCAAUAAUAUGUAAUUAAGGAUUAAAAAGCCAAACUAAA